AACCCGGGAGGCGGAGGUUGCAGUGAGCUGAGAUCGUGCCACUGCACUACAGCCUGGGGGAGAGAGUGAGAAUUUGUCUCAAAAAAAAAAAAAAGGAUUGAAGGUGGAUUCUGAGGGUACUCUGACCCCAUGAACCCAGCAUGAAAUCUUCCUGGCAUUAAGGAACAUUGAGGCUGUGGAGGAUUGGAAAUCCCUCCAGGGAAAACACACUUCUCUUGAGCAGGGUCACAAGGGGGUGGGGGCAAUGUGGGAGAUGGGGCAAGUCCAAAGACAAGGUCAACAGCAAUAAUAAUAAUAACAAUGACAGGCAUCUGUUGCUUGUUUGCCGGGCCUCUUGCAUCCACUUCUCCCAACAUCCCUGUGAGGUGGUGAUGCUUAUCCCCAUUCUCCAGCGGAGGAAGCUGAGGCCCAGAGAGGUGAAGUCAUUUGCCACAAAAUCCCCCAGCCAAAUGCGGGUAGAACCAGGUUUUCAGCCAGACUCACCAGCUCAUGGCAGAGCUGCCCUGGAGUCUGCAGCCAUUCAGUCUAUAGCCGGGCCGCUCCAUCCUUCAAGGCAGUUCAACAUCAAGAUUCCUGAUCUGCCUCUACCUGAGGCCUCUAGAAGAUACCAUCACCCCUGACAAGCUGAAGACGUGUGUCCGGAACACUCAGACACACACAAAGUGCUAUGGGUACGCCACACCCCGACCUAGCUGUCUCUUCCUGAUGGGCCUCACCGGGUAGAAAUGCCUGGCACCGCCUGCCUCGGCUCCCAAGCCUCAAUCCUGGUCCUCUGGAUGCUCCAAGGCUCCCAGGCAGCCCUCCACAUCCAGAAGAUUCCAGAACAGCCUCAAAAGAAUCAGGACCUUCUCCUGUCAGUCCAGGGUGUCCCAGACACCUUCCAGGACUUCAACUGGUACCUGGGUGAGGAGAUGUAUGGAGGCACCAGGCUAUUUACCUACAUCCCUGGGAUACAACGGCCCCAGAGGGAUGGCAGUGCCAUGGGACAGCGAGACAUCGUGGGCUUCCCCAAUGGUUCUAUGCUGCUGCGCCGCGCCCAGCCUACAGACAGUGGCACCUACCAAGUAGCCGUUACGAUCAACUCUGAAUGGACUAUGAAGGCCAAGACUGAGGUCCAGGUAGCUGAAAAGAAUAAGGAACUGCCCAGUACACACCUGCCCACCAACGCUGGGAUCCUGGCAGCCACCAUCAUUGGAUCUCUUGCUGCUGGGGCCCUUCUCAUCAGCUGCAUUGCCUAUCUCCUGGUGACAAGGAACUGGAAGGGCCAGAGCCACAGACUGCCUGCUCCAAGGAGCCAGGGAUCUCUGUCCAUCUUGUGCUCUGCUGUGUCCCCAGUGCCUUCAGUGAUGCCCAGCACAUGGAUGGCGACCACAGAGAAGCCAGAAUUGGGCCCUGCUCAUGAUACUGGUGACAACAUCUAUGAAGUGAUGCCCUCUCCAGUCCUCCUGGUGUCCCCCAUCAGUGACACGAGGUCCAUAAACCCAGCCCAGCCUCUGCCCACACUCCCACCCCUACAGACGGGGCCAGAGAACCACCAGUACCAGCAGGACCUGCUAAACCCCGACCCUGCCCCCUACUGCCAGCUGGUGCCAACCUCCUGAUGAGUCCUGGCCCAGGCCAGCUGGGGAGAAGACAAGGCCCUAGCCCUCCCUUGGGAGCCUCACACCUGAGACCAGCAGCACAAGGCCAUGGGGAGCUGUGGGGCCGAUGAGGUGGACUCGGCCAAGGACUCAGCAGCACAUGGGGCAGGUGUCCUGGCAGGGGGACAGGAGACUAACAGGCCUGGGUCCCUGUACAGCCCCUGAAUGCAUGCCCACCUUCGGUCUGUUCCUUCAAGCAAGCUGGCCUGGGCCAUGUGCCUGUGAAAAUCAGGCUCUGGCCCCUUUCCCUGCCAAAGUCCCCCAAGAUCUGGAUAUCUGGGGACAAGGGGGUGGCCUCAGGCCUGCCUCCCAGGCAGUUGGCUGGGCUCCCAAUUGUCUGUCCUCAAUGCCCUACCCCAAGUGACCCUUGAGUCACCAGUGACCCUGAGUCUUUUCAGGGUCCACCAGUGACCACCAGUGACCUGAGUCUUUUCCCCUGGGGACAAGGCAGACACCAGUCUCCACCAGUGACCCUGAGUCUUUUCCCCUGGGGACAAGGCAGACACCUCGCCAUGCAGGCCUCAGGUGGCAGAGAGGCCCAGCCUCACAGGCCUGUGGCCCCACACACCAGUCCCAGCAAGGUGACCAUGGUUGCCGGACCCCUUCCCUGUUCAGGCAGGCCCAGCCCCUCUCAGAAACCGCUGCCAGCUGCUGGCCUUGGCCCCCACCCUGAAUCUCACCGAGUCCCUCUGGGCAGCAGCUCCCUUCUCCACCCCACCCCAGCCCCGGUCCCAAAUGUGGCCUCACCUUGUCCGCCCCUCCCCCAAUCUACGCAUUCAUUCAGCAAUAAAUGAGCCUUUGCUGUAUGCCAGACCCAGUUCUAGACUCUUGCAGCCUUGAUAGAAAGUAAAACAAAAACUCCUGCUUUCCCAGAGGGUCGCUCUGGCAGGGGAGAGACUCAGGAAAUAAAAUAA